CGCAGCGCUGCAGAGGCUUCGAGGCGGCGGCGGCGGCGGCGGCGGCUCCGUCUUCCCCUCCCUCCUCCUCUUCCUCUUCUUCCUCCUCCUCCUCCUCAGUCAGUCAGUCCGUCCGUGCGUCCGUGCGCUUGGCCUCCAUCCGGCCCGCAGCAUGGCCGGCGUCAGCUUCAGCGGCCACCGCCUGGAGCUGCUGGCGGCGUACGAGGAGGUGAUUCGGGAGGAGAGCGCGGCCGACUGGGCUCUGUACACAUAUGAGGAUGGCUCAGAUGACCUCAAGCUGGCGGCCUCUGGAGAAGGGGGCUUGCAGGAGCUCUCAGGCCACUUUGAGAACCAGAAGGUGAUGUAUGGCUUCUGCAGCGUCAAGGACUCGCAGGCGGCUCUGCCGAAAUACGUGCUCAUCAACUGGGUCGGCGAAGAUGUGCCUGAUGCCCGCAAGUGUGCCUGUGCCAGCCACGUGGCUAAGGUGGCUGAAUUCUUCCAGGGCGUGGACGUCAUCGUGAAUGCCAGCAGCGUGGAGGACAUCGAUGCGGGCGCCAUCGGGCAGCGGCUCUCCAAUGGGCUGGCCCGGCUCUCCAGCCCCGUGCUGCACCGACUGCGGCUGCGGGAGGAUGAGAACGCCGAGCCUGUGGGCACCACCUACCAGAAGACGGACGCCGCGGUGGAAAUGAAACGCAUCAACCGCGAGCAGUUCUGGGAGCAGGCCAAGAAGGAAGAAGAGCUGCGGAAGGAGGAGGAGCGGAAGAAGGCCCUGGAUGAGAGACUCCGAUUUGAGCAAGAGCGGAUGGAGCAGGAGCGACAGGAACAGGAGGAGCGGGAGCGGCGCUACCGCGAGCGGGAGCAGCAGAUCGAGGAGCACAGGCGGAAACAGCAGACGCUCGAAGCUGAAGAGGCCAAGAGGCGGCUGAAGGAGCAGUCCAUCUUCGGUGACCAGCGGGAUGACGAGGAAGAAACUCAGAUGAAGAAGUCGGAAUCAGAGGUGGAGGAGGCGGCGGCCAUUAUUGCCCAGCGGCCCGACAACCCCCGGGAGUUCUUCAAGCAGCAAGAACGAGUUGCCUCGGCCUCUGCGGGCAGCUGUGAUGUGCCCUCACCCUUCAACCACCGGCCAGGCAGCCACCUGGACAGCCACCGGAGGAUGGCGCCCACCCCCAUCCCUGCCCGGAGCCCCUCGGACUCCAGCACGGCCUCCACCCCCGUCACCGAGCGGAUCGAGAAGGCCCUGGAUGAGGUCACAUCCUCGCAGCCGCCACCACUGCCACCGCCACCCCCACCUGCCCAAGAGACCCAGGAGCCCCGCCACAGCCUAGACAGCGAAGAGACCAGCAAGGAAGCCCGGGCAGCGGCAGCAGCAGCCCCUCAGGCCUGGGCCAGCCCCAUAGAGGAGCCCCCUCAGGCCCAGGAGCCUCCCCAGGGGCAAGGCGGGCCCAUGGAGGACUUGGUGUUGAUGACGUCUCCAGAGCCGGCCGACACGCCGGCCCUCGGGGAAGCUGCCACCGCAGAGACCACGGAGGCCGAAGCUUCGGUAGCUGACGCCCACGUGGCUGAUGCUGAUGAAACCGACACUGCCGCUGCUGACACCGCUGUUGCCAACAACGUGGCCCUCGCCACUGCCAGCCUCGUUGACCUAUGGCCUGGCAAUGGGGAAGGGGCCUCAGCACCCCAGGCCGAGCCCAGGGCCCCCACCCCACCCUCGGGCACUGAGGCCCCUUUGGCAGAGGUGCCCCAGCUGAACGAGGUGGCUCAGGAGCCGCUGCCCCCUGCGGGUGAAGGCUGUGCCAACCUCCUCAGUUUCGAUGAGCUGCCUGAGCCGCCAGCCACCUUCUGUGACCCAGAGGAGGAAGCGGAAGGGGAGCCCCUGGCUGCCCCCCAAGCCCCGGCUCCACCCUCGGCUCCAGAGGAGCCAGAGCAGGAGCAGGAGCAGGAGCUGGAACCUGAAACCCAUCUGCUGACCAACGGGGAGACCACCCAAAAGGAGGGAACUCAGGCCAGCGAGGGCUACUUCAGCCAGUCGCAGGAGGAGGAGUUCGCCCAAUCAGAAGAGCUGUGUGCGAAGGCUCCGCCUCCCGUGUUCUACAACAAGCCCCCAGAAAUCGACAUCACGUGCUGGGAUGCAGACCCGGUCCCGGAAGAGGAGGAGGGCUUCGAGGGCGGCGAUUAGCCUUGGCUCCCGCCCCCAGGCUGCCCUCGCCCAGGAGGCCACUCGCCCGCGCCGGCCUCUGGUCAGACGGCCCGCAGCGCCUGCGUUCGCCGCCCCGCCUGGCGCCCACUCGGGAUUCCGGGCCCUCGCCGGGGACUUGGCCGCUUCCCCACUCACAGGGCCUGACUUUUACAGCUUUUCUCUCUCUCUCUUUUUUUUUAAAGUUGAUAGGACACUUGUACAGUUGACUGGUUUUCCUCCGGUUGGUAGUUGAGACGCUGUUGCAAUUCCCACCCCCUCCCUGCCCGGUCCAGUUUGUAGCUCUUAGCCCUCCCUGCUCAGCUGGUCCGGGUGGGGCCUGGCGUGGUGGGGGGAGCUGUGGAGGGAAAAUGUGCCCCCACCUCUUUUCCUAGUUUUAUGUUUCUUGGAAAAAUAUCACUUUGUAUUCUCUGUCCAGGGCUUCGGAUAUUUUGCACGAAUUUUAAAACAUGGCAAUAAAAGGCUCGUGGGCUCUGGCUCCCUGGGACCCCAUCCCCGCCCUCCCUACCUGGCCCGAAGGAAGUAGUAGGCCCAGCUGGGGCCCCUCGGCUUCCCGCCCACUCCUGCCGGGCAGGUCCCAGGCUGGAGGCCCCAGGCGUGAUUCAGGUUGGGGCUACGGAUGGGGCCCAGGGGCUUGGGAGGCCCCUCCCCAACUCCUCUUUGCUUGGGCUCCUUUUUCCUUUUUCACAUUCAGUACAUUUUUUUUUAAAGCACAAACUUCUGUAACGGGUCGUGCUCAUGUCUGUUAAUAAAGAAAUCCAGA